GUGCUUGUGUGCUGCCCGGGAUGGAGGCAACAAGGAAGCGAGUGUUUAACAGCUGUAUGCGAGGGGAACUUCACCUGCAAGGAGAACGAGGUGUGCGUCAGGCCCGGCGAGUGCCGCUGCCGCCACGGCUACUUCGGCGCCAACUGCGACACCAAGUGUCCUCGGCAGUUCUGGGGUCCCGACUGCAAGGAGAUGUGCAGCUGCCACCCCAACGGGCAAUGCGAGGACGUGACGGGCCAGUGCACCUGCAACCCCAACCGCUGGGGUCCCAAAUGCGAGAACGUCUGCCUCUGCAAGCACGGCAAGUGCGACCAGAAGACGGGCAAAUGCACCUGCGAGCCCAACUGGUGGGGACCCCAAUGCUCCAGCUCCUGCUACUGCAGCCACAACUCCCAGUGUGACCAGCAGACGGGCAACUGCCUGUGCCAGCUGGGCUGGUGGGGCCGCGGUUGCAACAACCAGUGCUCCUGCAACAACUCGCCCUGCGAGCAGUUCACGGGGCGCUGCCAGUGCCGGGAGCGGACGUUCGGGCCCCGCUGUGACCGUUACUGCCAGUGCUACAAGGGCAAGUGCAACCAGGUGGAUGGGACCUGCACGUGCGAGCCGGGCUACCGGGGGAAGUAUUGCCGCGAGCCGUGCCCGGCUGGCUUCUAUGGCCAAGGCUGCAGGAGGCGGUGCGGGCAGUGCAAGAGCCUGCAGCCGUGCACCGUGGCGGACGGGCGCUGCCUGACCUGCGAGGCGGGCUGGAACGGCACCAAGUGCGACCAGCCCUGCUCGCCUGGCUUCUACGGAGAGGGCUGCGAGAAGCUCUGUCCCCCCUGCAAGGACGGCCACACCUGCAACCACAUCAACGGCAAGUGCUCCCAUUGCAACCCAGGCUGGAUCGGAGACCGGUGCGAAACCAAGUGUCGGAACGGGACAUACGGGGAGAACUGCGCCUUCGUCUGCAGCGACUGCGUCAACGGCCAGUGCCACUUUGAGACCGGCCGGUGCCUCUGCCGCCCUGGCUCCCACGGCACCUACUGUAACCUGACUUGCCCACCCGGCCGCUACGGAGCCAACUGUGCCGAAGCCUGCAGCUGCCACGACGGCGCCUGCGACCCGCUGACUGGCGCCUGCCACAUGGAGGCCAACCAGCGGAUGGGGGUCAUCGGGGCAGGAGCCCUCCUGGCGCUGCUGCUCAUCCUCCUGCUCUCCCUGCUCUGCUGCUGCUGCGUCUGCCGCAAGAAGGACGAAGCCCGCGGCUCCAGCCAGGACCCGGCAGCAGCCAAGAAGCCGCCAAGACGCUUGUGCGGGCGUUUCAGUCGGAUUGGCAUGAAGCUCCCUCGCAUCCCCCUGCGCCGCCAGAAGUUACCCAAGGUCGUGGUGGCCCACCACGACCUGGAGAACACCCUGAACUGCAGCUUCAUCGAGCCGCCCUCCGUGGUGGAGCAGCCUUCCCCAUCCUGGUCAUCCCGCGGCUCCUUCUCCUCCUUUGACACCACAGAUGAGGGGCCGGUGUACUGCGUCCCCCACGAAGAGAGUGUGGGCGACAGCAGGGACAGGGGGACACCUGCCAGCCUUGGGGACAAGCUGGUGGCCCCAGCCGGCGGGGAGGAAGCGGGCGAAUACACCUUCCUGAAGGAGACGGGCUCCGUCAGAGCCUUCCCGGCCGACAGCAGCGAAACGCCCCUGCUCAAGUCCUCGGACAGUGAGCGCUCCUCCUGCGGCUCGGGCUCGGCCGGUGCCGCGCUCUAUGCCCGGGUUGCCCGUCUCUCCAAGCAGUCCAAGGAGGAGGAGGAUGCUGUCAUGGAGCCCCGCAGCCCUGGGAAGCCGCCAUCCCCGGAGAGGACCAAGCCCCGUCCCCCAGACCCAGCCACGAAGCCCAAAGUCUCCUGGAUCCACGGCAGGUACAACUCCAGCCAGUCCAACUCGCUGCCGGCACCCAGCCGGUCCCCGGAGCGAGUGGCCCCCCCCCCGCCCCCACCCCCCCGCCGGCCCCCGGAGCGAGUGGCCGUCCAGCCCGGCAGCCCCGAGCAAGGUCAGGGCUUGGCCAAGAGGAAGAGGAGCCCAAGCGAGACGUCGGCCGGCGUGCAGGGUAGGACGGAGGAGAAGGGCGGCACGCGGGGCAAGGAGAAAGUGCAGAAGCAACCGAAGGAGCCCGGUGUCCCUGAGGGCAAAGCCAGCCUCACCGGGGAGCCCCAGUCGCCCUCCAAGCCCAAGCAGAGGAGCAAAGGCAGCUCAGAGCCAACAGAGAGCAUCAACGGGGCAGUGCAGAACGCCUUCCGAAAGAUGAGCGCCUUCCAGCCGGAGCGGCGGGUCGGGGACAACAGGGAUGCUCCCCGCAGCCCCGGCACCAGCAAACCCCGCUCCGAGCCACUCCAUCCCCACCUGGCCUCCGAGCUGGCCGCCCAGCUGAAGGAAAAGACUCAGAGCCUCAACAAGGGGGACGGAGGCACCCGGGCGAACGGGGUGGGCGCCCAGCGGGAGAAGCCCACCCCUCCACAGAAAGCCAAAAACCCCAGGCGCUCGGGGGCCGCUGGCAGCCAGAAGACCAGCAAGCCCUUGCUGCCCACCUCUCCCCAUCUGCAAAAACUGAUCCCCGGGGCGGCCGAGCCAGCGGCCGGGGAGCCCAAGCGGGUGGAGAAGCCAAGCGCCGGUAGCGGCCAGGACCAGGCUCUCCCCAACGAGCAAGCGGCCAAGAAAACCCCCAUUAAAAAGCCUCCCAGGAAGAAGAGCCGAGAAGCCAGCCUGGAGCAGCCCAGAGCAGCCGCCGUGCCCGCUCAGGCAGUGCAGUGACCGGGAGCCGGGCACUGGCCCCGCGCCGGCUGGCUGCGUGCCGGGAGGAAG